AUAAGGGCCGCGGCGCCCCCCGCAGACUGGACAGCCCACCACACUCCACUCUCUCCCCCCUCCCUCCCGCCCGCCCCCGAUUCCCACCGCCGAACAACCGACGGGUGCCGCCGCUGCUACCUGCUACGAACGCGCACGUACCACCAACCUCGAUCGACGGAUAGAUUGAUCGAUCCUACUGCCUACGUGCACUGCUCCGACGAGCCAGCGGUCUCGCCGUCCCGGUCGGGCACUGCAGCCGCCGGCCGGAUCGGAGGCUGACCGACAGUGCAUGCCAAGUUCUGCCGGGUGGGCACAGCAGUAACAUUCUCGAGGCACGGAGAUGAGGAUCGCGAGGACCGGCCCCACGGCGGCGGGGCUGUGGCUCCGGCCGGGGCGGCUCGCGGAGGUUCUUCUCGCCGUGGUGGUCCUCUUCGCGUCGGCGGCGCUGUCCAUGGCGAGCGGCGCCGAGUUGCCAGCGGCGGCUGCGGCCGGGCCGGCGUCGUCGUCGGUGCGGCACGACUACGAGGACGCGCUGCACAAGAGCCUGCUCUACUUCGAGGCGCAGCGGUCGGGGCGGCUGCCGCACGGCCAGCGCGUGGCGUGGCGCGACCACUCCGGGCUCACCGACGGCCUCGAGCAAGGAGUGGAUUUGGUGGGCGGGUACUACGACGCCGGCGACCACGUCAAGUUCGGCCUGCCCAUGGCCUUCACCGUCACCAUGCUCUCCUGGAGCCUCCUCGAGUACGGCGCCGACGUCGCCGACGCCGGCGAGCUCGCCCACGCGCUCGAGUCCAUCAAGUGGGGCACCGACUACUUCAUCAAGGCGCACACCAAGCCACACGAGCUCUGGGCAGAGGUGGGCGACGGCGACACGGACCACUACUGCUGGCAGCGGCCGGAGGACAUGACGACGUCGCGGCAGGCCUACAAGGUCGACCGCGAGCGCCCCGGCUCCGACGUCGCCGGCGAGACCGCCGCCGCCAUGGCCGCCGCCUCCAUGGUCUUCCGGGACCACAACCCGCACUACGCCAGCCUCCUCCUGCACCACGCCCUCCAGCUGUUCGAGUUCGCCGACACGUACCGUGGCAAGUACGACAGCAGCAUCGCGGAGGUGAAGAGCUACUACGCCUCCGUCAGCGGGUACCACGACGAGCUCCUCUGGGCGGCGCUCUGGCUCCACCGCGCCACCGGCCGCGCCGAGUUCCUCGACUACGUCGUCGACAACGCCCACGACUUCGGCGGCACCGGAUGGGCCAUCACCGAGUUCAGCUGGGACGUCAAGUACGCUGGCGUCCAGAUCCUCGCUGCCAGGCUGCUACUGAAUGGGGAGCACUCGCCGCGGCACAGGGAGACGCUGGAGAGGUACAGGGCCAAGGCGGAGCACUACGUGUGCGCGUGCAUGGGCCGGAACGCGGCCGGCGGCGCGGAAGCCAACGUGGAGCGGAGCCCCGGCGGGAUGCUGUACGUGCGGCAGUGGAACAACAUGCAGUACGUGACCAGCGCGGCGUUCCUGCUGUCCGCCUACUCGGGCUACCUCUCCUCCUCGUCCUCCGGCGGAGAGUCCGUGGCGUCGUGCGCGGGCGGCGGCACGGCGAGCGCCGGCGAGGUGUUCGCGGCGGCGCGGUCGCAGGUGGACUACGUGCUGGGGAGCAACCCGCGCGGGAUGAGCUACCUGGUCGGGUACGGCGCCCGGUUCCCCGCCCGGGUGCACCACCGCGCCGCCUCCAUCGUGCCCUACAAGCACAGCAAGGAGUUCAUCGGCUGCGCGCAGGGGUUCGACGACUGGUUCGUCCGCAAGGGCGCCAACCCCAACGUCGUCGUCGGCGCCAUCGUCGGCGGGCCCGACCGCCGCGACCGCUUCCGGGAUCACCGGGAGAACUACAUGCAGACGGAGGCCUGCACCUACAACACGGCGCCCAUGGUCGGCAUGUUCGCCAUGCUCAACAGGCUGGCCCGGGCCGAAUCGGCGGCGGCCGCGGCGGUGCAACCGCAGCAGCAGCCGGCGAGCAGUAGUCCUGCCGCGGACCGAAGUGUAAAUAGAUAGGGAUACAGAGGGGGGCUUGUACAAUUUUUCCCCUAUUCUUUUGUUCAUUCUUUCUCUCUACUAGAGGUGGAGCCAAAGUGAAGGCGCUCUUCACAGGAAAAUUAUUUGUAUACGAGGAAAAAAAAAGAGAUAGGAGGAGGGGUUUGGCAAAACAAAUGUAAAUUCCCUCCCCGUAAAUAUCAGAGGAAAAAAAGAAUAACGUGUUAGUUAAUUGAAAUUCCAGUGGGUAUGGGCUCACUUUGCCUCUCAAA